ACGCGCGCAAGCCCAGUGGGUCCGAGCGCUGUGCGGACAGACCUGCCGGCGCCGCGGCCAGGAAUCGGCGAGCCGCGGCCCCUGGAGGACUGUCCGGCCGGGGGCGUGGGGUUCUGGGGGACCUCGCGGUCUGAGGCCACCUUGGUUUGGGAAAUGCUGGCCUGAGCCUGGGAAGCAGGCAUGGAACUCCUGACAACUUCCCAGGCUCCCUCAGGCCCUCCAGCUAUGGACUUGGAGGAGCCGAGGGACACACUUUCACCCUCUCAGGACCUCACCCCCAACUGCCAGUGGGACCCAGUGCCGGGGCGCUCUGGCAGCCUGAGUCAGAUGGAACUCGAUGGGCCCGGCAUUGAGGACCUGGUGCAGCAGUUUGAGGCUCUGCCUGGUGAUCUGGUGGGCUUGUCCCCGGAUGGACCUCCCUGCCCCUUGCACGUGGCCACGGGCCACGGCCUGGCCUCCCAGGACGUUGCUGAUGCCCACGGGCUCUUGUCUGCCGAGGCCGGCCGGGACGACCUGCUGAGCCUUUUGCACUGCCAGGAAUGCCCUCCUUCCCAGUCUUGUCCCAAGGAGCCUCCGGACCCUGCCCCUCGCCCACUGCAGCCCCCCGAGGACCCAGACGGAGAUACCAGUGCCCCAGAAUGGGCGGAGGGAGCUUCUGCCGAGCAGGGUGGCAGCAGGAGCUCAAGCAGCUCCCCGGAACCCUGGCUGGAGACGGUGCCUCUGGUUACUCCUGAGGAACGGCCUGCCAGUACCCAGAGCCCCAAGACCCUGGUGCCAUACCCUGCCCUCCAGGAGGUACCUGGUCCCUGUGACCAUGAAGACCUCCUAGACGGCGUCAUAUUUGGGGCCAAAUACUUGGGCUCCACCCAGCUGGUGUCUGAGCGGAACCCGCCCCCCAGCACACGCAUGGCCCAGGCCCGGGAGGCGAUGGACCGUGUCAAGGUGAAGCCAGGGCUGGGCAGGUGGGGCUCCCCAGGGCUGGCGGGCGGGCGGGCGGGCUGUCGGCCGGGUCCCCCAAGGCCCCUGGAGCCCAGCGCGGCAGAGGCUGGGUCUUCGCGGGCCUCCACCUCCCACCGACCCCCACAGGCCCCCGACGGGGAGACUCAGCCCAUGACGGAAGUGGACCUCUUCGUGUCCACCAAGAGGGUCAAGGUGCUGACGGCCGACUCCCAGGAGGCCUUGAUGGACCACGCCCUGCAGACCAUCUCGUACAUUGCGGACAUCGGCAGCGUGCUGGUGCUCAUGGCCCGGCGGCGGCUGGCCCAGCGGCCGGCACCCCAGGCCCGCGGCCACAGGCGCUACAAGAUGCUUUGCCAUGUCUUCCACUCAGAGGACGCCCAGCUCAUCGCUCAGGCCAUCGGCCAGGCCUUCACCGUGGCCUACAGCCAGUUCCUUCGGGAAAGCGGUAUCGACCCCAACCAGGUGGGCGCCCAGCAGAGCCAGGGCGCCACGGGCCCUGGCCACCUCCACAAUGGGGACCUCGACCACUUCUCCAACAGCGAGAACUGCAGGGAGGUGUGCAUCGAGAAGCGCCGGGGCGAGGGCCUGGGUGUGGCCCUGGUGGAGUCGGGCUGGGGCUCCCUGCUGCCCACGGCCGUCAUCGCCAACCUGCUGCACGGGAGUCCCGCUGAGCGCUCGGGGGCCCUCAGCAUCGGGGACCGCCUCACUGCCAUCAACGGGACCAGCCUGGUAGGGCUGCCCCUGGCCGCCUGCCAGGCCGCCGUCCGCGAGCUGAAGUCACAGACCGUGGUGACCCUCAGCAUCGUCCACUGUCCACCGGUCACCACGGCCAUCAUCCGCCGGCCCCACGCCCGCCAGCAGCUGGGCUUCUGCGUGGAGGAUGGCAUCGUCUGCAGCCUCCUCCGGGGCGGCAUCGCGGAGCGCGGGGGCGUGCGUGUGGGGCACCGCAUCAUCGAGAUCAACGGGCACAGCGUGGUGGCCACGCCGCACGCCCGCAUCAUCGAGCUGCUCACCGAGGCCCACACGGAGGUCCACAUCAAAACGAUGCCGGCCGCCACCUACCGCCUGCUCACAGGCCAGGAGCAGCCCGUGUACCUGUGACCGGCCACCAGCGCCCCCCCCCCUCCGCCAGCCCACUGUGCCUUAGCCCCAGCAGCCCUGGGAGCCCGUUUGCGGGGCCUCCAGGGCUUCUUGGUGCCGUGCUGUUUUCUGAUGCAAAACAUUAAAUGCGUAAAAAAUGGGCAAAAUCUCA